UGGAAACGCUCUCCCCCGCUGAACGUGCCGCGGGGAUGCCUGGGAACUGUAGUCCGCCUGUCUCAUGCAGCACUGCUCUCGGGCGUCCCGCCGCCGCCGCCGCUGCUCCUCCUCCUGCCGACAGCUCGCAGGUUUGGAUGCAGUGCCAACCGUGGAGGUUUCUUCCUGUGGGCUUCAGGCUGAGCUGGGCUUGGAAGACCGUGGGGCGCAGGAGAGUUUCCCAGCUGAGUGGGGCCAUGAGGCUGGUUCAGUUCCAGGCCAAGGGAUCAACUGAGGCCCGGAUUGGGCUGGAGGAGCAAGACGGUGGAGAUGUGGUGGACCUGAACGCUUUUGACCCAUCCUUGCCCAGGACCAUGCGGGCCUUCCUGGAGGCAGGAGAGGCGGCACUUGCAGCAGCCAGAAGAGCACAGCAGUCUGGAUGUCCUCCUCUGCCCCGUUCCGAACUGGCCCUCUUGGCACCCAUCACCAGCCCAGAUAAAGUGAUCUGUGUCGGCAUGAACUACGUGGACCACUGCCUGGAGCAGAAUGUCAAGAUCCCCAAGGAGCCGAUCAUCUUCAGCAAGUUCUCCAGUUCUAUUGUGGGACCCUACGAUGCCAUCAUUCACCCAGGGGAGACCGACGAAGUUGACUGGGAAGUUGAGUUGGCUUUUGUCAUUGGAAAGAAAGGAAAACACAUCCAGGAAUCUGAUGCAAUAGCUCACGUGGCUGGUUUCAUGGUGGCGCACGACGUGAGUGCCCGAGACUGGCAGAUGAGGAACGGGAAGCAAUGGCUGCUAGGGAAGACCUUUGACACCUUUUGCCCGCUGGGCCCAGCUCUUGUGACCAAGGACUCCGUGUCAGACCCUCACAAUUUGGGCAUCCGCUGCCGAGUGAACGGCGAACUCGUCCAAAACGGCAGCACCAACCAGAUGAUCUUCAAAACGGAGACUCUUGUCGCAUGGGUGUCUCAGUUUGUCACAUUGUACCCAGGAGAUGUCUUCCUGACUGGGACACCACCAGGGGUGGGAUUUUUCCGGAAGCCACCCAUUUUCCUCAAGAGAGGAGAUGAAGUACAGUGUGAAAUUGAUGAGCUGGGAACCAUCUGCAACAAAGUGAUGUGAAGGUUUUCCUGCGGUGGCCCUCGACAAAACGAUCGGCUGGGGUUAGAAUGCACCAGUGCCUUCCUGGAUUCUAAUCACAAGCAUAAAUAAAGAAGUUCUUAAAAUGCUCAAGA